GUCUUGCAACGCUGUUGCUUGCUGCUACUUGUGUUUGGCUGUUCUUGUACAGUUUAGGGUAUCAGUUUCCGAUCUCCGUGUUGUAAUUCAGACUCAAUAUUUGCUUUAUGCAUGCGUAGUAGGUAAUGGCCAUGGGAUAGCCUGAUUAAAAGAUGCAUAGAUCUGAGCAUGCACAUUAUUUAUACUACAAGUGGCACAGCUGUACAACACUGAUGCAUGGAUUCCACAAAGCAAGAAUAAUACUAAACGCUUCACGCUGGCACGCGCAAUUGCCAACUCCGAUGUAUUCCAUGUUUCUUUUUGGUUGCAAACCUAACUCUUUCAUCUACAGAGUCACGCUCACCCUCACACUUGACCGCAUCCAGUCCAGAGCUCGUCGCCCUCUCCGCUUCCGCGUCUAGACAGCGUUGAUACAGGUUCUGAGGACGUCGAGAUUGGUUGGAUCCGUCUGACCCGGGCCAGCAAUGGCGGCAGCCGUCGUCGGGGGCAUGGUCGCCUCUGGCGUCAUCAAGGUGGUCAUCAAGCAGCUCGGCUCUGCCAUCGUGGGCAAGGUCAAGCUGCACAAGAACCUGACCAAAGACCUAGAGAAGAUGAAGAUGACGCUGGAGUCGGUGGAGGCCGCGCUCAGUGACGCCGAGAGGCGCUCCAUCACGGACAGCUCGGCGCUCCUGUGGGUGAACCGGCUCAAGGCCGCCAUGUACGACAUCUCCGACAUGCUCGACGACUACGCAUCUGAUGCCGGCCUGCUCGAAGCUAUGAGGAAGAAGAUUAAUAUGCCAGAUAAGAUGAAAAAGAUGCAAAAACGUCUACAGAAGAUAACAGAAGACCAUCAGAAUUAUCGUCUUCCACCAGAAUCUCGCACCAAUGAGCAGCAAGUUCCUGAUAUCCGGGAAAAUGCAGGGAAUAUGGAGGAAGCAGAAAUCAUCGGGCGGACCGAGGAAAAAAUGGAAAUCCUGGCUCGUUUAUCUGAGAGCACCACUGAAGGGACCACCUUCGUUCCCAUAUGGGGCUUUGGAGGGAUUGGAAAGACCACCUUGGCAAAAUCAGUUUACAAUGAUCCUCAGUUUAAAAAUCACUCUCGGGUAUGGGUGUAUGUUUCCCAGAUAUUUGACUUGAAAAAAAUCUGCAACACUAUAAUAUCACAACUAUCAGAAACAGAGAGCCAGCAGAUAACUGAUUUGCAUAGUAUUAACAUUCGCCUUCAAAAGCUAUUUGCUGAGAAGAAGGAAAUUCUUAUAAUUUUGGAUGACCUGUGGGAGAAGCGUCCUUCUCAACUAGAAGAAUUAAAGGCUAUGCUGAAGCAGGGUGAGGGAUGCAAGGUGACGGUUGUAGUUACCACACGCGAUGAAGGUAUUGCAAAUCAGAUCGGUACUGUUCAGCCAUACAACUUGCCUCAAUUGUCAGACGAGAUGUGCUGGGAUAUAAUUAGGCAGAAAAGUAAAUUUGAAGCAAGGGAUGACAAAGAAAGGUUGGAGCCGAUUGGAAGGGAUAUUGCAAAGAAGUGCAGAGGUGUAGCUUUAGCUGCUCAAUCACUUGGACACAUGUUGAAUUCCAGGCCGUACAGCGAAUGGAGUUCGAUCAAAACCAAUCACAUAUGGGAUCUAUCUCCUUCUAUAGAUGCAUCACCCGGAAAUGAAGUGCUUGGAUCCUUGCUGUUAAGCUACAACUUGAUGCCUCCAUACUUGAAGUUAUGCUUUGCCUAUUGUGCAAUCUUUCCAAAGGGUCACAAGAUGAUUAAAUAUGAUCUAAUUCAUCAAUGGAUUGCUCUUGAAUUCAUCGAGCCAUCUAGUACAUUCUCUAGUUGGCAACUCGGUGAGAGAUACAUUAUGCAGCUUCUGGAGAUGUCAUUUCUUCAACAUUCAAUGGCUGACGCUCGAGAAGGGUACGAAAGAUACAUUAAUUGCGGGGUGUUCACUAUGCAUGAUCUGGUGCAUGACCUUGCAAGAUCGGUCAUGGCUGAUGAAUUUAAUUUGGCGAGCCCCAACUGCCGCUAUGCAUGCCUCACAGAUUGCACGAAGCCAUUAAAGUCAUCAAUGACUUCACCUGAAAAGCUAAGGGCGCUGCAUAUUGUGGACCACUUAAGGCCGCAUCCGUUCCAUCGUGAUGCAUAUUCACCAGCUAAGCACACCCGUAUCUUAGAUUUAAGAAGAGCCUUGUACCAUAAGUUUCCAGAAUAUAUUGGUCGACUGAAGCAAUUGAGGUAUCUUAGUGCUCCAAAUCUUGGUUAUGGAAUGAAUCUUGGGUUUAUUGGUAUGCUCCGAGAUUUGAAUUAUCUCAACCUUCAUAGGUGUGAUUGUAUCUCAUCAUUGCCUGAGUCAGUUGGUGAAAUGAAAGGUCUGAUGCAUCUUGAAUUGUCAAGUUGUCGCCAACUAAAAGGACUCCCACAUUCGUUUUCAAAGCUCAAAGAGUUGAUAUAUCUGAACUUAGCAUACAGUUGCCGUGUUUUAGGAAUACCCCAAGCAUUGGUUGGCCUUACCAAACUCCAACACUUGGAAUUAUCAAAAUGUGAAAAUCUCAGAGGACUGCCAGAAGUCAUCGGCAAUCUCAGUGAACUUCGAUAUCUGAAUCUAUCAUGGUGCAUGCAUCAUAUCUUUGAUAGCUCAUCAACCGAUCAAAGCGAGAAGUUCAUUGACUGUAUUUGUACGCUUCCCAAUAUUGAGCACCUGGACCUGUCUAUUAAUGGCUAUCCUCUUACUAGUAUACCAGAAAGUGCUAGACGCCUCCGAAAGCUGGUACUUAGGGGGUGCAAGAAAGUUGCCAGGCUUCCAGAAUGUGUGGCUAAAAUGGACCGUGAAAGCCUUUUUGGCUUGUUGCCAAUAUUUCCUGUAACUGUAGAUGAUAGUAAAUGUUACACCAACCUUGGCUUGCUUGAGCAUGUAAAUCCUGAUAGGCUGGGCAUUGAGGGACUUGAAAAGGUGAAGUCCCGAGAAGAGGCGCGGAGUGUAAAACUGACUGAAAAACAGAGGAUUGAAGAAUUGUCGUUAGUGUGGAACACAGAAGCUAAAAGAUCCGUGGAUGACAUGGAGUUGCUGAGGGAGCUAAUGCCACCAAUCACUUUGCAGAAGUUUGGGAUAUAUGGUUAUAUUAGUGACAGAUUUCCAGACUGGCUAAUGAGUAUUGGCAAUUAUCUCCCUAAUGUUGUCGAAAUGGAGAUGUUUGAUUUGCCCAACUGCAACAGUUUUCCACCCCUCGCCCAACUACCACCAAACCUCCGGGUGCUUACUCUGAAACGCAUGAAAAGCCUGGAAGAAUGGAACACGACACUCUCUAUUGGUGAGGAUGAGCUCAUGUUCCAUAAGCUUGAGGAAGUGAAUAUAGAUGGUUGCCCUAAGUUGAGGAUAAAACCACACCUUCCUAGAGCUGCAUCUUGGAGUAUAAAGGGAAGUGAUAAUGUGCUCACAUCAUGGGCAGAGAGCGUGUCACACAAUGAUGCUUCCUCAUAUUCUUCUCCCGUAGGAGUGUCUACUUAUUUGACAGUUGAAACUCAGGAGGUUCCUCUGCAUCAGUGGAGAUUGCUUCACCAUCUACCGGCCAUCAGUAAGUUGCAUAUACAAGGUUGUUGUGAUUUGACAAGCUCACAAGAGGUCGGUUGCGCCGUCCAGUCCCUCAAAUCACUGGCAUUGCAGCACUUGGCCCAAUCAGAACUGCCCGAAUGGGUAGGUGAGUUGUCGUCUCUUCAGCAACUGGUGAUAGCGCACUGCAAGAAGCUAGAGGAAUUGCCCGAUAGCAUCAGGCAACUCAAACAGUUGCAAACAUUAGCAGUGCUUAUGUGUGAUAGCUUCAGACGGCUGCCAUUGUGGUUGGGAGAACUUACCUCUCUCAAGAAACUUACAAUUUUGAACUGUUGUGCUAUUACGACUCUGCCAAACAGCAUACAAGAACUCACAAACCUCCAAGAAUUGGGAAUUAACCACUGCCCUAACUUAGAGCAGUGGUGUGAAGCAAAGGAGAACAAGACGAAGCUUGCUCACAUAGAACACAAGAUGAUCUAUUUUCUGCCGAAGUGGGCUGCCAGCCACUGAUGUUCCCCACUACAGUGGCCCUUGCUGCGAACGAAAAUAAGAAAGUGAUGCUGGAGAAAAGAAAGCUGAGGCGCGAAUCAUGAUAGGCCGUUCGAUCGACUCGGUUGAGCCCACGUCCACCUGAAUGAAAACUCCGUAGUAAUUACUGCCACGCGGUUCUAACCUACUCAUGGUAUGUAAAUCUACAUGCCCUGAAUUUAAAAAGUCUCUAGCGUAUUGCAAGCAGACAUAUAAGAAGUCAAAGUGUGGGGAUAAUUACAUGUUACCUUCGUUAGUAGAUAUUGUGCUACUUUGUUAUCUGCUCCCUUGACAAAGAAAAUAUGAUUCAAGUCUCUAGGAAAGAGUGCUUCUUGCUUGGUUAUUAGUUCUGUAGUCAGAGGUCUAUAGCUGUUUGGCUUCCUUGACUCUGCAAGUAGGUAAAAUAGUCUGAACCUUAAUUACACUGACGAUUCCAUAUUCAGAGUAAUGUAUUCUUUCUUGUUUUAUUGGAUAUACGAGAAAUUACAAUAUCUUGUCAAGCCAACAUGGCAUGACAAAUGCGCACCACG